GACCGAAUGCGCCGCUUCUCACACAAGGCGCAAUGGGUUCGCGCGCAACUUGCUCGAAGAAUCGAUGAAUUGGAUGGACAUGUACUAUGAUUCUGAAGCUGGGUACCUCUAUUCGUUGGACGCAAGGGCCCUAACACACGACACGAGGUCUUCGGCGUGGUACGCGGCAGGCCUGUUGGCGAGGAACGAGGGGGACAACGCUCAACAGGCGACUAAGAUUGUGGAGAAUGUAAUAUUAGGGCAGCAUAAGAACCGGAGUGAGCAGUGGUUCGGAGACUACCAAAUCUACCCCGAAGAGCCCACCGUAGGGACUGCUCAAUACCCGCCCGUGAUUUACAACUCCUGGGAUCCAAACUGGAGAGGCUUCGUCGGCACAACCUUUAUCCUCAUGCUCGAAGAAUUCCCGGACCUCAUUCCACACGAUACGCAGAACCGCAUGCUCGAGAGCCUAUACAACACAACCAUCGGCGACAGCUACCGCGUAGGCGGCGUCGACGACGACAAUCUCUACGCGGCCUACAGCAACCCCUCCAUCAUGCGAGCAUUUGUCUCAGGCUGGGUCGGCCGACGCCUCAAUGAUUCCAACAUGACGGCUGCGGGGGAGAUGUACGCACAAGAAGUCAUUGACCUGUUUAAUCGCGCCAACACGCUUUCCGAGUUCAACUCCGGGACCUACGCCGGGGUGUCGCUGUUUGCGCUAACGCUGUGGGCGAAAUAUAUGCCGGCUGAUUCGGUUAUGGGGCAGAAUGGCGCGAAGAUGGUGACGGAGACGUGGAAGACGUUAGGCGAACUGUAUAAUGCAAACUUGAAAAACGUAGCGGGGCCGUGGGACCGAAGCUAUGGGUACGAUAUGAAUCGGUAUCUGAGCAUUUUGGCGUUGCAAAUUUGGACCAUCGUGGGGAAGGAGAAGACGCCUGUUAAUGCGAAGCCGUACGCCAUGGGCCACAAAAACGACUUCGCCAUCGGACCGUUAAUCGCUAUCCUCGCACCCUAUCACAACACACUCCUCACAGCCUCUACACUCUCAGCACUCUCCACUUUCCCGGGCAGCCACACAGUGACCACGUCCGCUUUCUCCCCGCCCUAUGACACGUCCCCGCGCAACAUCACCACUUGGCUCUCACCCAACCUGACCAUUGGCGCGGAAUCCUUCUCAGAGAACGUUAUCGGUGGACCCUCCAUAAAUCCGAAUAGCUUCAACCCCGCAGUAGUGCAGUGGGGCAGGAGGGACGGGACCGUGGGAUGGUUGACACUGUAUGCGCAGGUCAAAGAGUUGGUUGCGGUGGCCGGAGAAUGGACGCUCGACAUGACGUAUCCGGCCGGGAAUAGCACGAGCACGUUUCAGUUCCUUGUCGGCACGAACUCUAAAGCAGGAAAACGGGACGUGGCGAGCUGGGAGGACGUCGAGGGCAUUAAGGUGACGGUGGAAGGCACAGUAGACCCGAGGUAUAAUGUUACGUUUAGUGGGUUGGUAGGCGGAGCGGGAGAGACGAUCAAUGACUUCGAGUUCUGGAACUUUACCUAUGCAAUGCCCGAAGGAAGCGAAAAGACGCCGCGGGCAGUGCUC